GGGGGGGGGGGGGAGGUUGUCUUGUCAAGACAUGUACACAUUUUUACUACAUUUGAAUGCUCCCUAUUCUCAUCUCUAACAUCACCUCUGAAGAUUUCUAGAGGAAAAAACCAGAUUGGGGCUUUUAUUGGUGAUUCUGAAAAGGGUUGAUAAUGUUGAGGAAGAGGAGUAGAUCACAUCAGAAGGAUCAAAACCUUGGUCAUCCAAUGGCUGAAGCCUUUCAUGAGUCUAAUAUUCAGUAUGAGGUUUUGAGGCAGAAACACAAAACUAGUUCUUUUUUCACUGUCCCUGGCCUGUUUGUGGGGUUGAGUCCUAAGGCUUCAGAGUCUGAUUCAGUUAGAAGCCCUACUUCUCCAUUAGAUUUUAUGGUCUUUUCAACCUUAACCAACCCUUCUAGGUCCCCAAUAAUGUCCCACGAGGGUAACCCGAAGAGCUGGGAUUGCAGUAAAGUGGGGUUGAGCAUUAUAGAUUCUCUUGAGGAUGAUGAUGCAAAAGAGUCUGGGAAAAUAAUCCGAUCAUCGCAGAGUAAGAGUAUUCUUUUUGGGUCGCAGAUGAGGAUUAAAACCCCUAAUUUUCGAAACCACAUUGAUUCUUUUGAGGCUCCUAAGUCGCUGCCAAAGAGUUUCGGAGUUUCUUCCUCUACCCAGAUCAAACCAUCCAAUCUUCAAAUGGCUAGACAAACAAAAGUGGAGCCCGAACCAUUUGGAAAGAUCUUGUCCUAUUCACUGGAUUCUGGAAGGUCUGGAUCACACUUAAUAAACCGGGGGUACCAGUUCGAGUUCUGGGAUUUUAAUUCUAGUUCUAGAAAUGGAACCAACCCAUUGGCUUCACCCCCUCAACUGAGAGAAGGAAGUCAAGAUUUAGGCAAUUCAUCAGCUGCAAUGCUGAAUCCCCUUAAUAUUUCCUUGGGGUCUGCCCGGGACCUUACCCGGCCCCUCUCAGCAAGCGAGAUCGAGCUCUCUGAGGAUUAUACUUGUGUAAAAACAUAUGGCCCCAACCCCACAACAACCCAUAUUUUUGGUGACUGCAUUUUGGAAUGUCACAACAAUAAUUUGUCUAAUUCUUGUGAGAAGAUUCAAAUUCAAUGGCCUCUGGCAAUGGCAGCUAACUCCUCCAAAAUCCGUACUUCAUACCCCUCCAGUGACUUCUUGAAGUUCUGUUACUCUUGCAAGAAGAAACUGGACGGUGAAGAUAUCUACAUGUACAGGGGUGAGAAAGCGUUUUGCAGUUGGGAUUGCCGGUCUCAGGAGAUAAUGAUCGAGGAGGCAAUGGAGGAAGAAACCACCGAUGCUUGUCCCCAAAACUCCCCAAAAUCAAACCCUGCUGAGGAACUUUCUCGAACCACCAUGUUCAUCGCAAAAUAGAGGAAGAGAAUGCUGCUCUUGCCGGUUGCUGGUUGCUUUCCGCUACCAGUGAGCCCAUGAUCGAUGAAAUUGUCCGGGAGGUAGACAAUAUCCCUGGUCAUCUGUUUACCCAGAGCUGUGCGUGUGCAUCUUUUAGCAGCCAUGGAUGAUCAUUGCGUACAUUGCUCCUGCUGAUUGUAUCUCAUCUUUCAUGGUCUUAGUGGGUAGUGUGUUGCAGUUGGCUGGUUUUGGUUUCAUAAUCCUGACAUGGAUACAAUGUCACUUGUUUUAACUGUUCAAUUGGAAAGGGUCGUAGCCAAGCUCCAUGAGUCUAUGGCUCCCCAAUUUCUUUCCUUGUUAGCCUCCAGACUCCCAAGUCUUUUGACGAAUGGAUCUCUCUUUUAUACACAAGAAAAGCAUUUGCAUGUUGAGUUUUCGUUUCUUCCAGCUUAAAGAUUGUUAUUGGGUGAGCUUUUCUUCAACCCAACUUGAACAAGACACCAGCAGGAGGUAAAGGAAAUCUAAAAGAACUUGAAAAACAUUUUAACACAAUGAAGACUAGACUUUAUAUGUAAUUUUAACUUGAAUCCAAUUCUAAAUUGAGAUUGACCUCACAAAUUCAAUAUCCAAUUCGCCAUUGCUGCCUUCAAACUCUAUUUCACCAUUGCUGACUUCUUAUCCUCGCAAUAAGGGGGAACAAUGGGUUUGGAAAUAAAGCGUUUAUCAAAUAACAAUAUUGGCAGCUAGAUGAGAUUAUUAAAGAUGCGAACAAAAAACAGAGUAGAACACAGAAAAACAAAAUUCCACGAGGCCAGCCC